CUGAUCUUCUGCUAAUUUGAUGCAGGAAAUUCAGCAUUGACCUGCUCCCAGGUGCAUCCAUUCUCCCGAGUUUUGCUCCGUUCUCAAUAGCAAAAGUUAGCGCCAUGCUGCAGUCCUAAUGCCUGCCUGUGGAAAUGGAUUAAGAACAGCUCAAGUUUCAAGUGACUGAAGGAACCAAUUGUUGCUUACCUGAAGCAACUGGUCUUGAACCUCUGGAGUUCUGAUGAUGAUGAGAGGCAGCCAUCCGCUCCUUCCGGACUCGGAGAUCAUCCAACAGCUUCUGAGCAAAAUCCGAUCUCUUCGCCAUGUUUUCGCUUCUCGACUGGAGAAUGAGAGUUCCCCACAAGAAUCUCAGACAGAAGGCGGAGAACUAUGGAGGAGAAUGCCAGCA